AUGGCCGAGAACGUCGUUGGUCUCAACGUGAACAAGGUCGCCGAGCCCGUCUCGGACGACCACGGCGGACACCACUCGGAGAAGACACACCAGGUCGCCGCCGCCGCCCGCGACGCCGAGUCCCAGUCCAGCUCGCUCGAGGGGACGCGCUCCGUCGUCGAUGAUGAGGCCUACCCGACCCCGACGGAGGAGGAGCGCACGACGCUGCGCAAGGUCGCCGACUCGAUCCCCCUGACGUCGUGGUCCCUCUGCAUCGUCGAGAUGGCCGAGAGAGCGUCCUACUACGGCGUCAAGGCCGCCUUCAACAACUACCUCCAGUUCCCCCUGCCGGAGGGCGGUCCCGGCACCGGUGCCAUCGACCCCUCGAAACCCAACUCCCAUGCCGGCGCCCUCGGCCUCGGACUGCGGACCGCCUCGGCGUUGGGCCUGCUCUUCAACUUCCUGGCCUAUGUCAUCCCCAUCUUCGGUGCCUGGUUGGCAGACGUCAAGAUCGGCCGUUACAAGGCCAUUGCGUUGGGCGUGUUCAUCGGAGGCGUCUCCCACGUCAUCAUGGUCGGCGGCGCCGCCCCCGCCGUCUUGCAGGGCUCCAAAGCCGCCGCCGUGGGCGUCUUCCUCCUCAGCUACUUCCUCCUGGCCAUCGGCGCCGGUAUCUUCAAGCCCAACGUCGCGCCGACGGUCAUCGACCAGUACAAGCACCAGAGGGAGUACACCAAGGUGCUCAAGUCCGGGGAGAAGGUCAUCGUCGACCCGGAGACGACCAUCAACCACAUCAUGCUGAUCUUCUACGCCUUCAUCAACGUCGGCGCCUUCUUCUCCAUCGCCGUCGUCUACAUCGAGAAGUACCACAGCUUCUGGCUCGCCUACCUCGUUCACGGCAUCGUCUACUUCCUGCUGCCCGUCCUGCUCGCCGCCACCUACAAGCGCACCGUCCGAGUGCCCCCCCAGGGCUCCGACCUCAACCGCUUCGUCAAGAUCACCACCUCCGGCCUCAAGGCCAGCAAGGGCAACAUCUUCUCCAAGAACUUCUGGCACAACGUCAAGCCGACCGUCCUGGCGGAGCGGGGCGUCCACGUCGGCUACUCGGAGAAGGAUGUCGACGACGCGCGCCGCACGUGGCAGGCCGUCCAGAUCUUCCUGUACAUCCCCAUCUGGUACCUGAACGACGGCGGCGUCGGCAACGUGCAGAGCAACCAGGGAGCCGCGAUGACAUCCGACGGCGCCCCCAACGACCUGCUCAGCCACUUCAACCCCCUUGUCAUCAUCGUCUUCUCCCCCUUCAUGGCGAACGUCGUGUACCCCUUCCUUGAGCGCAGAAACAUCAAGUUCGGCCGCAUCAGCAGAAUGACGGUAGGCUUCAUUCUCGCCACCAUCUCCUCCGUCAUCGGCGCCUUGGUCCAAUGGCGCGUAUACGAGACAAGUCCUUGCGGCUACAAUGCCAGCUCAUGCGACGAAGUCUCGCCCCUCUCCAUCUGGUGGCAGAUCCCCAACGUCGCCCUCGGAGCCAUGUCUGAGAUCUUCAUUAACGUCACUGCCUACGAGCUUGCGUACGCUCGCGCCCCCGAGCACAUGAGGUCGACCGUCGUCGCCCUCUUCCUGUUCAUGACGGCGCUGAGCAGUGCUCUGGGCCAGAUCCUGCUCCCCUCCAUCGCGGACCCGACGCUCAUCUGGGCGUGGGCCGCCCCUGGCAUUGCCCUCUUCGUCCAGACCAUCGUCUUCUGGUACAGGCACCGUCACCUCAACGAUGAUGUCUUCAUGACGCACAAGGAGGAUUUCGAGAGUGUCGACUCGGAUGAGAAGCUUGUUGGGAAGGAGGAGAAAUGA